AUGGAGAGCACCCUCUCCAAGUCUACUCUUCACACACAUAGAUGUAUGCGUCGCACACCCUUCAACCGUUUGUUCGCCGGAGUUUACACCAUCGCCCUCUUUGCUCUGCUCUACCACCAUGCCUUUCGCAUGCGCCCAAUCCAUCGCCAACAAUUCCCUGAAAACCUUGAGAAAGUCGUUGACCGGAAGGAUUUUCCGGCGAUGGACAUCUUUAUAUGCACUGCAGAUCCGUACAAAGAGCCGCCGAUGACCGUCGUCAACACGACCUUGUCGGUGAUGGCUUAUGACUACCCAACGGAGAAGCUUUCAGUGUAUGUAUCAGACGAUGGAGGCUCAGAGCUUACUCUCUUUGCUUUAAUGGAGGCGGCAAAGUUUGGGAAGCACUGGUUACCCUAUUGUCGGCAAAAUAACAUCGUAGAUAGGUGUCCAGAAGCUUAUUUCAGAUCAAACCACCCUCGGAGUUCAGAGAUAGAUAAAAUCAAGUGCUUCUUGUCUGUGUGUACUGUGUAUAUCACUUGUAUUACAAAGGAGAAAGAACGACAAGGCAGACGCAUUAGCCAAGUUAGCAGCCGCUCUAGCAGCCCCCCUGGUGGCAGAACAGAAGUCAUUAUACAUGACAGGGUCCUUCUCCCAGACCUGAAAGAACUUAUCCAGGAUUGCAACGCUGUCACCAUAGUGGAAAUGGCUCCCUGCAUGGAGGAAGGUCGACCUUGCGUUGCUCGCCUGUCUGGUAGUGGUUUGGGCUCUUUUCGUAUGCGCGACGAUGAUAGCUACGAAAUGUGCCGAGCCUAUGUCCUUCCCAAUCUAAGGGACAGUGUAGAGCGAACUUACCCGAUUCUUCCCGAAUCUUUUCAGACAAGGAGGGAACAACAUCCCGGUCCGAUUCACGGUCGCGGAUCAGGAGAGAGUGACUUGUGUGACGCAUCUAUAUCUGGGGAUGAUCGGGUAGAACUCAGGGCUGUCAGGUGUCAAUCGGGGAACGAUCGAUUGGGUGUCCGGGGUGCAAUAAAGAUAGGGGACAAUACGCUUCGCCGUGCCAGCUAUGAGGCUAUAUUCUCGUUGAGUCGGGCGCUUGGGAAGACUGUCCUGUCGGGUUGGAAAACCAACAUCGGACCGGGAUGUUGUUCCCUCCUUGUCUGA